ACUGGGUCCCUUCCCUGGCGGCCGGCGGCCCCUGCGUGCUGCGUGGCCUGCGUGCGCUCUUGCCUUGACGUCAAUGGACGUCAAGAAUAGUUGAGAAUAGUGUGUACAUACGGUACAUACGUGUUGAUACUUUGGUCAGUUUGCUUACAUAUUACGAAUCAAACGGAUUUUAUUUGUACCGUACGUGAAUAAGAAAUAAUGGAUGUUGAUGAGGAUUAUGACACCGAGCAAAGCGAUUACGGCGAUUUACCCAUAGUAGAGUCCCCGCGGACCCCGCGUAGCGGCCUGGAGAUUGAUGAAGAUCACGAAAACUGGUCAGAUGUAAGCACAGUUGAGCUAGAUUUGUCGAGUAAUAGAAUAGAGUCCAAUAUGGAAGACGUUCCAGUGCCCUCAGAGAAUACAUUCGAUGUGACGUUACCAGCGACACAUUCUUAUUUAGGACAAAAUUUGGAGGAAUUAAGGGGACGGACUAUAUUGGAUGAUGGCAUUUAUAUGAAUCUACCACUAUUGGUAAAACAGUCUGUUUUAUUCCCUGGACAAACGUUACCCAUGACAGUUUUUGGCACACAGACCAUAGAGAUGUUGCAAAAUUGUAUACAAAACGAUCGUACUUUCGGUGUCGUGUGUUACGGUUAUCCCGAGAUGGAGCGAAUAGGAACGACCGCUGAAAUUUACGAGUACACGGAUGGAGGUAUAUUAUUGGAUCAUGGACGACGAGAGUUUCGUCUGAAGGCUAAAGGCAGGCAACGCUUUAAGAUAUUGCGUAUUAUUACACAGGACAACAAUAAAAUUUCGGCCAAUGUUAAAGUAUUACCAGAGAUAACACUUGAACCACCGUUUUUGGACCAACGCUUAGCCUCAUUAGAUCACUUGAGAAUCUCUGUCGAUUCUGAGGAAGAUAUGAAAAAGCAAGAAAGAGUAGAAAACUUGGAUGCUGCGGUAACUGCUUGGCCAGCUUGGGUCUAUAGACAGUACGACCCUGUAAGGCUCUCCUUUAGAAUACGUCAGCAUUUGCAAUUUCUUGAAACUAGGGGCGGUAGUGUACCUAAAGAUCCCAUAGAUUUGUCUUUCUGGGUUGCACAAAAUAUUCUAAUGGAUCACAAUGAAAGACUCACGUUAUUAACUUAUGAUUGUGCUAUUUCUCGAUUGCAAAGAGAAAUAAAAUAUCUCGUAGAAGACAAGAUAUAUGUAUGUGUUAAUUGCGAAUCCUUCAUUGGGAGACAGUCGCACAUGUUCCCGAUGAAUAAAGAAGGCCCGCAGGGUACUUACGUCAAUCCUGGUGGUGUUAUACAUGAAACUAUUACUUUUUAUCAUGUUCAAGGUGUUGUACUUAAUAAUUCGGAUCCUUCAAUCGAGUACAGCUGGUUUCCAGGAUAUGCUUGGACAAUAGCUAUUUGUAAAGGCUGUCGUCAUCAUGUCGGUUGGAAAUUCACAGCGGUGGAAAGUAAUUUAAGGCCCAAAGAGUUUUGGGGUCUAACACGUAGAAGUUUGAAAAAUAAAGAUUUAAAAAUUAAGAAGAAGAAAUAAAAAGAGGAUCAAAAUAUCGAUAUAUAUAUAUAUAUAUAUAUUAGACAUCAUAAAUGUCUCGGUAAUUUUUGGAGAUUUUUCGAAGCAAUGCAAGUCAUGUUGAUAUAUUACGAUCGGUAUAUCAUUUUGAAAAGGAGAUUGAAGAAAUAAUCAAUAAUUUGCACCCUAAAAGAUUAUAUUUUAUAAACGCUAUGAUAAAUAAGACUUUCUUAAGGUAUGAGAUAUAACGUGAAGUAUUAACCACAUUUGUUCAGUUGAAGCUUUUAUAUACUUCGAAAUUGAAUAACUCUUCAGUUCUCAGUAUAUUUUAAUGGCAUAUUCGCAGAUCAGAUCAAAGUGUCUCAAUUGUAUGCACAUUUUCAUUUAGAUAUGGUAAAGUAGUAAAUGUAAAAUGGUAAAAAAACAAAAGAUACCAUACGAAUAGGCAGGCUAAAAGUGCUAAGAAUGUAAAGAUAAUAGGAGAUAUAACUGUAUUUUUAAAAAUUAUAAAUCAUAUUUCGAUGUAACGCAUUUUUUUCCCUUAGAAACGUAUUUAAUAUAUUAAUACGAAAAAAAAGAAACAUUUAUGAUGCUUAAUGUACGAAUUGUGCAUGAGUUUUGUUGUAUUCGUAAUUUAACCAGCUAGCGCUUGGACAAUAGUGAUUUGUAAAAGAUACCUUGUAUACGUGAAGAAUAGUUGUUAUAUUAAUUACAAUAAUAAGUUAUAAUAGAAAAAAUUUGAAAUAGAUUCUAUGAAUGCUACUGUAAAUUGAUCAUUUAAUUCUGCUAUUAAUUAAACUUUGUGUGAAAUCUU